AUGCUGACUCGUUCGCUGCGUGGUGUGGACUAUGUGGACUAUGUCUUCCAUCUUGCUACGCCGUCCGGCGUCGAUGCUCUCUCGGCAGACUAUGCCAACCCUGCAGUCCAGGGGACCAAGUCCAUCCUCCACGCUGCGAUGAGCUUCCCAGUUCACCGAAGGAUGCGAUCUCGAGGAUCCACGCGCACCAGGCGACUCGGCACCGUCUAG